AAGUGGACGUCACACUUAUUGCGUUUUCUACAUUAGUUAUUCAUUGCUACUUUGUAAAAAGGAAUCGGUUAUUUUGUAUGUUAUUUUUAAGGCUUAUAUUUAUAUACAAUUAAAAAUCAGGGGCCACAGAUUAUUAUCACUGGCGCCCUUCCGCUUGGCACGUGAAUAGACAAAUCUGCUUUAAAAUCACUGCAUUUCUAUAAAACCCACAUCACUCAAAUUUAGCAAAUUAUAUAUUUUCUGCAUUUAUUGGUACGCUUCAAGAUAACGAUGAUUUCACGGACAAUGGCUUUCGAGAUGAAAAUGUAGCAUGUAUGGCAUCAUAUGCUAAAUAUGCAGAGCACAAAACUUUAGAAUGCAUCCGCAACAUAGGAAUCUCAGCACAUAUUGAUUCUGGAAAAACAACACUCACAGAACGAAUCUUAUUUUAUACUGGGAGAAUUGCUGAAAUGCAUGAGGUGAAAGGAAAGGAUAAUAUUGGGGCUACUAUGGAUUCAAUGGAACUUGAAAGGCAACGGGGCAUAACAAUUCAGUCUGCUGCUACCUACACGCUUUGGAAGGAUCAUAAUAUCAAUAUAAUAGAUACACCUGGUCAUGUUGAUUUCACAGUGGAAGUAGAACGCGCAUUAAGAGUGUUGGAUGGAGCCAUUCUCGUUCUCUGUGCUGUGGGUGGAGUUCAAAGUCAGACCUUGACAGUCAACAGACAAAUGAAGCGCUAUAAUGUUCCAUGCCUGGCAUUUAUUAAUAAACUGGAUCGAAUGGGAGCCAACCCUAAUAGAGUAUUAUCUCAGAUGAGGUCCAAACUUGGUCAUAAUGCUGCAUUUUUACAACUUCCUAUUGGUCUUGAAAAUGAAACAAAAGGUUUAGUUGAUCUGAUAAAGCAGAAAGCUGUGUAUUUUGAUGGACAAUUUGGAGAAGUUGUUCGUGAAGAUGAAAUUCCACGUGAUAUGAGAUCUGAAUCUGAAGACAAAAGGCAGGAGCUGAUAGAACAUGUAUCUAAUGUGGAUGAAAUAUUGGGAGAAAUGUUCUUAGAAGAAAAGAUUCCAAAUGAAGGAGAUAUUAUGGCUGCUAUUCGCCGUGCUUGCCUGCAUCGAACUUUCACGCCGGUGUUGGUGGGCAGUGCACUAAAGAAUAAAGGAGUGCAACCUCUGCUAAAUGCAGUAAUCAGUUAUUUGCCCAAUCCAGGAGAAGUGGAAAAUAUUGCUCUGUGUGAGAAUGAAGGGCAAGAGACAGAGAAACUGGUCUUAAGACCAGAACGGAGCAAAGCCCAUCCUUUUGUUGGCCUUGCGUUCAAGCUUGAAGGAGGAAAAUUUGGGCAACUUACAUACCUUAGAUGUUAUCAAGGAAUGCUUUUGAAAGGAGACCAUUUGUAUAAUGUCAGAACAAGGAAAAAGGUCCGUGUUCCUCGUUUAGUACGUUUACAUUCCACUGAAAUGGAAGAUGUAAGUGAAAUAUAUGCAGGAGAUAUCUUUGCACUAUUUGGUAUUGAUUGUGCAAGUGGUGAUACUUUUGUAACUGAUGCUAAGGUGAACCUGACAAUGGAAUCAAUGUAUAUUCCUGAUCCAGUUGUAUCGAUGUCAAUCAUGCCUGCUAAUUCAAAGGAUCGUGAUAACUUCAGCAAGGCUGUAGCUCGGUUCACGAAGGAGGAUCCCACAUUUCAGUUCAGUUAUGAUAGUGACAAUAAAGAAACUAUUGUGUCGGGAAUGGGAGAACUUCAUUUGGAAAUAUAUGCUCAGCGCAUGGAGAGGGAAUAUGGAUGUCCUGUUCAUCUUGGGAAACCAAAAGUAGCAUUUCGUGAAACACUUGCAGCUCCCUGUCAAUUUGAUUAUCUCCAUAAGAAGCAGUCUGGAGGGGCAGGACAGUAUGCUCGAGUCACAGGAAUUAUGGAACCUUUACCACCACAUCAGAAUACAGUACUAGAAUUUGUUGAUGAAACUAUAGGAACAAAUGUGCCAAAACAAUUUGUACCAGGAGUAGAAAGAGGAUUCCGUUUAAUGGCACAAAGAGGUUUGUUGUCAGGUAAUAAACUGUCGGGCAUCAGGUUUCGGCUACAGGAUGGUGCUCACCAUAUUGUGGAUUCCAGUGAAUUAGCAUUCAUGCUUGCAGCUCAGGGUGCUGUGAAAGAAGUAUUUGAAUCAGGUAUUUGGCAAAUCCUUGAGCCGAUCAUGGCUGUAGAGGUAACAGCACCAGAAGAGUUCCAGGGAACUGUGAUAGGUCAGUUGAACAAGCGUCAUGGCAUCAUCACUGGCACUGAUGGUCUUGCAGCGUGGUUCACAUUGCAUGCUGAGGUACCACUGAAUGACAUGUUUGGUUACGCUUCUGAGUUAAGAUCUUCCACGCAAGGAAAAGGUGAAUUCAGUAUGGAAUACAGCAGGUACUCACCAGUUAUGCCAGAAUUACAGGAUGCAUUAAUUCAGCAUUAUCAGGAGAGUCAAGGCAUUACACAGCAACAAAAGAAGAAAAAGAAUUAAUGUAUUUAUUUUACAUUUGUAAUGUAGGACAUUUUAUUUGCCAAAGACCAUCAUUUUGUUAUAAUUGAACAAUAGCAUUAUAUAACCUUGGGUCAACACACUAUAAGAAUCUUCAAUAUACCAGCAGUACAGCCCACAUCUAUAUGGUAUCAUCACCCACAGCAUGAUCCAUGUUCUUGGGAUUUUAAUGACACUCUCUUAACUGCAUACUUAUAAAUAAGUGUGUAAUGUAGACAAUGUGCAUAUUUCUGAAAUAUUUACUGUAUGCAGUCAAGGACAGAGUUCCUUUUAUCAGAGUCUAAUGUGUAGUAACUUCAGCAGAUUUAAUCAAUUAAUAUAAAGGCGGUUCCCAGGUGAGAGUACAUAACUUGGGGAUCUGAUAGGAAAUUGAAUGUUGAAUAAAGGAGCUUCUGUAAAUAUGGUUCCAGUAAUGCUUCAUAAAAAAAGUUACAGUGGAUAAAGGAAGGGAAAAAUCAUGAUUUUAUUUUGUUAUUUAUUAGUAAAAACAAUAAGCAUAAAUUAACUUCUAAAAUUGGAAUUUAAUGUUAAAUUACUAAAUUAAAAAGUCAUGUAAGUGCAUGUAAUUGUAUUUGUUAAAUACAAAGAAAUUUUGUCUGCC